GAUGGAGGUGGCCCUAGACGAGAGUUUUUUACAGAGACCUUGGAGCAAAUGAAGAUUCGUUUAUUUUGCAAUGGUGCACCUGUUGCAAGUACUAUCUCACUUACUGAAGGCCUUUUUAAAGCUGCUGGUUUAUUGAUGGCCUGUAGCAUUGUCCAGGGGGGACCAGCUCCUAAUUUCAUCAGUACUUGGGUUUAUGACUACUUAGCAUAUGGUCUUCAUCAUGUGCCUUUAAGUCAUGAAGAUAUCGAAGAUGAAUCUGUUAAAAGCAUUGCAGUUAAGAUUAACACAGCCAAUUCCGAUAUUGAGCUCCAGCAGGUAUUAGAGGAGGACAAUGUCCUUACCGUUUUAGGCUCUGUUGGGUAUAGAGGUAUACCUUCACGUGAGACACUUGGAAACAAAGAGAAAUUAAUCAGAUCAAUUUGUGUUAAUGAAUUGUUGGCUCCAAGGAUACCAGUUCUGAAGGACCUGGAGGAGGGACUUCAGCACUUUGACCUUUUAUGCUGCAUCAAGAAUCACCCUCAACUCUUUAAAGAAAUAUUCACCCCAAGCUCCAUUUAUGAUGUAACACCGGAAAUGUUUAUUGAUUCCCUGAAUGUGAUCUAUAGCACUCAGCAGAUGUUAAAAGAUAAAGAGGAAGAUAUUUUUAAAUAUUUUACAGAUUUUGUUCUUCUUCUUGGACAUGAAGGCAUUGAUGAAGUUCCUGACCUUGCUUUGAAACACAUGGUGAAGUUCAUAACAGGAACCUUUCAGGUUCCUCCCAUUGGUUUUCCAUCAGCAAUCAAACUUAAGUUUCUUCAUGGUUGUUCAAAUGGAUGUAAGUGCAGACCUGUUGCAUCAACUUGCUCACUAAGCUUGACAUUACCAAUUCAUUCAUGCAGCUCUCGUGAACUUGGGGAAUUGCUGAUAUCAUCGCUGACUGAAUGUGGUGGAUUUGGUCAUAUAUAAGUGAUUUUAUAGAACUUGAUGAUGAAAACUAUAUUUUUCCUGUUACUAUAGUUUUUUAAAUGUUACUGUUACAUUACAUUAUUCAUACAUGUUUUGCAGUUUUAGAGUGAUGUGAACACAAUAUUAUUAGUGUAUUGGGUUAGGUUUUUGGCAUUUGGAAUGUAUUAGGACCAGUGGCUUAGCCAGCCUGAAGAUAUUUAGUCCUGCUAUGAAACUUUUAAGUCAUUAUAAUUAUUCAUUCCUUUUGAAAUUGUUGUUGUAACAGUCUGUG